UAUACGUCUCAAGCCAUGGAUACAGCAAGUUUAUAAACCGGAGCAUUAAUACACACACUCGAAAUUCGCCAUCUUUUCAAAUAAACAUUCAAGCUAUAGUAUUGUGGUUUACUUGGCAUACUCUUGAGCGCAACCUCGAAACUACUAUUCUAGCUCUUCGACGAUGUGUGAUUACACACAGGUAGAAUAUUGUUGCCAGCAUCUUCGCUUUGUGGUACAGAGGUGGUGUUCCGUGUACGAGAGAACAAACAAGGUCUGCGCACCCAACGUGACGCACUUAGAAAUUAGACAUGAUGAACUAUGCUGUAAGCUCCCCUCAUUCUCUCUUACCUGCAGAUUCUUGCAAGGGUCCCUCCCACAGAAAUCAACAUUUGCAAGACAUUCCCCCUACCUUCGUACUCCGAACAUAGCGAGACAGUGUAACUCGCCUGAUUGUCGGCCGCGAUCGCCACCGCCAUGGGAGCAUAUGAUUAGAAGAAGCAAGAGGGCCACACCGUACCUCUAAAUUAAAUUGGGUUGUGUGGCAAGCUUACAGGCAAUACCUAACAGGAUUUGAGAAGUUUCGGGUUAUUUUAGAAGGUAUAGAUCAGUACAUCAGUGUAGCUAAGAUGGUAACGGGCAUG